AUGCUGAGCUGGAAUUUGCCAUUCAGCCCAAUACAACUGGCAAACAACUUUUUGACCAGUGUAUUGGAACAACACAAACUAACAAAAGAACAGUGGGAAGAAAGAAUACAGAACUGGCAUGAAGAACAUAGAGGAAUGUUAAGGGAGGAUUCUAUGAUGGAAUACCUGAAGAUUGCACAAGAUCUAGAAAUGUAUGGAGUCAACUAUUUUGAAAUAAAAAAUAAAAAGGGAACUGAACUGUGGCUAGGUGUUGAUGCUUUGGGUCUGAAUAUUUAUGAGCAUGAUGACAAGUUAACACCUAAAAUUGGUUUUCCCUGGAGCGAAAUCAGAAAUAUUUCAUUUAAUGACAAAAAAUUUGUUAUAAAGCCAAUCGACAAAAAGGCACCUGAUUUUGUUUUUUAUGCACCUCGUCUGAGAAUCAAUAAGCGGAUUUUGGCCUUAUGUAUGGGAAACCAUGAACUAUACAUGCGAAGAAGGAAGCCUGAUACUAUUGAAGUACAACAGAUGAAGGCUCAGGCUAGGGAGGAGAAACAUCAGAGGCAGUUGGAAAGGGCACAAUUAGAGAAUGAAAAGAAGAAAAGAGAAAUAGCAGAAAAGGAAAAGGAAAGAAUAGAACGUGAAAAGGAAGAGCUAAUGGAACGUCUAAAACAAAUUGAAGAACAGACAAUUAAAGCCCAGAAAGAACUAGAAGAACAGACUCGAAAAGCUCUAGAACUGGAUCAAGAACGAAAACGAGCAAAAGAAGAAGCAGAGAGGCUUGAAAAGGAGCGUCGAGCUGCUGAAGAGGCAAAAUCUGUCAUAGCAAAGCAAGCUGCCGACCAGAUGAAGAAUCAGGAGCAGCUAGCAGCAGAACUUGCUGAAUUCACUGCCAAGAUUGCACUUCUAGAAGAAGCCAAGAAGAAAAAGGAAGAAGAAGCUACUGAGUGGCAGCACAAAGCUUUUGCAGCCCAGGAAGACUUGGAAAAGACCAAAGAAGAGUUAAAAACUGUGAUGUCUGCCCCUCCACCUCCACCACCACCAGUCAUUCCUCCGACAGAAAACGAACAUGAUGAACAUGAUGAGAAUAAUGCUGAGGCUAGUGCUGAAUUAUCAAAUGAAGGGGUAAUGAACCAUAGAAGCGAGGAAGAACGUGUAACAGAAACACAGAAAAAUGAGCGUGUUAAGAAGCAACUUCAGGCAUUAAGUUCAGAAUUAGCCCAAGCCAGAGAUGAAACCAAGAAAACACAAAAUGAUGUUCUUCAUGCUGAGAAUGUUAAAGCAGGCCGUGAUAAGUACAAGACUCUGCGACAGAUUCGGCAAGGCAAUACAAAACAGCGUAUCGAUGAGUUUGAAGCAAUGUGAGAGCUGUUAUUUUGCAUAUAUGUUCUUCAUAAGCUGAACCACCAACAGAGAAAAGCAGGCCUUUGCAGAUAUGAUGGAAUGCAUCCCACCUUGCCAAAGCAUUUAUACCAGUUUGACUGUGGUAGCUAAAAGAUAAAUUUAAGGGGAGCUCUUCAGCAUUAAGGCAGUAUGAUACCAUGCUUGGUUUUUUUUUUUUCUUUUGGUCCAGGGAAUGGAGAAUUGUGUCCCAUUGCCUCUUUUCACCUUUUUCUUUUUCUUUUUUUUUUUCUGUUGAAGACUAACACUAAUUAUCAUGUCUGACAAAUGUGUAUGUGUGAUUUCAGUUCUAUGUACAUUUUAAAGGAUAAUGGUGAACAUUUUAAUGGGUUUUCCUUGCCCCUUCCAUAUUUAACCUAUAUAUAUUUCCACAUUCUCUCUCAGUCACAUUUUCUCAGUGUGCCCUUCUCUUAUCUGCCAUGCCCAUUGUCAUAAUUCCACCAUCAUACAGAUCCAGCAGUGUUUAAGAUGAUGGUAGGUAGCACAGUGGACAGUCUUUGAUCAUUAUGUAGAAUAUGGCUAUGAAUCAUGAAAGAGAUUAGAACAUUUGAUAAUGUAUGUACAGCUGGUGGUUAGUUUUUUUAUCCAAAUUUAAUUACCUUAUUGGAUAUUUGAUAUUUGGUUAUUUAAUCACAGUCAUCUUUAACAGCUACGUUGAUUGGUGUUUUGUCUCCUAUAAUCCUUUGAUGGCUUUUUUGCCUAGCAUUUCACAGAGGUUUAGACAGCAAUAGUAGUUUCCUAGGAGAGUUUAUUGAAGAAACAGCCUCUGCAAGAUUUUAAAAGUUUUAUUCUUUUAUAGACUGAUUUAGGAAAACAGAUGAUUAAUAAAAGAAAAUAUACAUUUGUUGGUAAGUGAUUUUAAUUAUUUUUUUAAAACCUGGACCUUUCUGGAAGGGCAGCAUAUAAAAACAUCAGUCCUGAGGAGGGGACAACAAUACUACCUCACUACUACACCUGCGAUGACUGACUGUUCAAACACAAUGGUGUGUGUAAGCUCUAUGUUUUAUAAUUCAUAACGAUAGCCUCAAUCAUCAAGAAGUACUUUUGGAAUUUCAUUUUCCCUCAAUAUCUUAAAGUGCUAAAUUUUUAACUGCCUUUUUAUUAAGUCAGACGGUGGGAUUCUGAUUUCUAUUAAAACUGUAAGCUCCUCACUGGUAUACUAUCAUCCUGGAGGGGUGUAGUAUGGCUGAGGAAGAGUAAGAGGAAGAGAGAGGUAGGGGUGUGUGUGUGUGUGUGUGUGUGUGUGUGUGUGUGUGUGUGUUGCUAACCUUGUAGCGACCGUGUGUGUGUUGCUAACCUUGUAGCGACUCUGUGUGUGUGUGUGUUUGUGUGUGUGUGCGUGCACGCAUGUGUUGCUAACCUUGUAGCAUAUGACCUUGUAGCAUAUGAAGAAUGUCCGCACCUUGAUACAAUAAGUUGCAUAAUCAGUGUAUUUGGUUUCUAGAUCACUGUGCUUUUUUUUUUUUCCAGUCUCUAAAAAAUACUUAAAUUUGGUUUGUUAAUUUUAUUUUAGAAAUUAUAAUUUUUGUUUAUAUUAAUUUUAAUUCUAUCUUACUGAAAUCUUUCCAGUUAGAAGGAGGUUCUAAUAUUCACAUGUUCUGAUGCUUUGUUUAUUGUACAACAGCUAAAUUUGGAGAUACAUAAAGCCUUGUUUUCUCUGUGUGGUUCAGCUACUUUCCAUUUGGUAUUACACACUCAAAUUUACAUUUAUCAAAAUUGCCAUUUUAUUAAACAUUUUCACGCACAGUAGAUUCAGGUUGUGUCUGAAAAUAUCUCGUGCUUUUUUGAUUUUACUGAAUUUAAAAGGAUUAAUCUGGGCAGACAUUAUGAAGAAGAAAGGUUGCGUUUAAUAUAUUUUUUGAACUUUGUAGGACAAAACAUAGCUGGUUAACCUUGAAAUGACUGUUGUACCAUGGUUGUGCACAUGCUUCAGAAUCAUAUGGAAGAGAAUAUUCCUACUUGCAGUACAUUAAAUGAAUGAAUGGUGGACUCUACUAUUCAUGUUUUGAAACAUAAAUGUUCAUUUUAAAGCAAUUGCCGUAGUAGAUAAAAACCUGAACUUUCAUUGGAUUUUUGUUAAUUUUCCUCAUUUUGGAUUAUGUGCACUACCAUAGCUAUAUCAGUUUGAUACAGUAUUGAAAAAUUAUCAGUUAUAUUUUGCCGUUUAUGAUCUAUUUUUAGAUUAGGAUUAAAAUGGAUUUAAUCCAUUUUUAAGGCUGUGUGAAUUUUUAAAAACUAUUUGCAACAUGGAUUUUCAUAGAGAUUAAACCAAUUAAACUUAUCAUUAGCAGUCUUGAGCACACGUUCAUAUAGUCAAUGUAAAAAUACACUAAUGAGUAUUUGGUAAAUCUCAGUAGGCUUUUACCAUUAGCAUAAUUUUGUGUUGUACAAUUAAGUUACAGUUACAUCUCUAAUUUUGGAUAAUAUUCAUUGGUUAACAAUAAAGUGACAAAAGCUCAUGCCUUCAA